AUGAAUAUACUGGUGAGAAAUAACCCGCUCUUUCUUUGGCUGGUCACACUGACAGUGCUUCUAACCAGGACCAUGGGUUGCAUUCAGAGCAUCGCCUGCAAACCGCGAGUCAGACGGGAAAACAUAGUGGUCUAUGAGGUGUCGGCCUCCAUUGACCAAUGCCCGACAGUCAUAGAGGAGAACUCACCUAUCGUACUGCGUUACAAGACCCCGUACUUCAGGGCUUCGGCUGGAAUUGUUAUGCCUCCUGUUCCACGAAAUGAAACGUGGACUGUUGGUUGGAUACAGGCUUGUACACAGAUGGAAUUUUACAACACUUACGGUGAUAUUGGCAUGUCCAGCUGGGAAUUGCCAGAACUUCGUGAGGGUCGGGUGAAAGCCAUCAGCGACUCAGACGGUGUCAGCUACCCCUGGUACGGAAAUACCACAGAAACGGUGACGCUGACAGGUCCCACGUCCAAGCCAUCGCGGCUGACGGUGAGCAUGAAUGACAACUUCUACCCCAGCGUGACAUGGGCGGUUCCAAUCAGCAAUAGCAACACGCCCAUGCUCACGCACAUCACGCGGGACCAGAGCUUCAUCACGUGGCUUGUGGCGCUUAAUGCCGCCACUAAAGAACGCAUUGUGCUGCAGACGGUGCGUUGGCGCAUGCGCGUGGACAUUGCCGUGGACCCGUCCAUGCCCCUGGGUUCCCGGGCCACCCUGGUGGGCCGGCCGCACCAGGAGCAGCCGCAGAUCCUCAACAACCCCGAGCCCAUCCCGCCCAACGCCUUGGGCCGACCCAACGCCAACGAUGCCCAGGUGCUCAUGUGGAGGCCACGAAGGGGCGCCCCUCUCGUGGUCAUACCUCCAAAAUAG